GCAUGACUUCCGUCGGUUAGGUCGAGUGGGCGGUUCCCGACUCCAUCAACCCAGGAUGAGCCUGCUGGGGAAGCCCCUCAACUACAAGACCUCACGGAGAGACGUGAGGUAUCGUCGUUCUCAGGCGAGGGUCUACAAUUUCCUCGAAAGGCCGCGGGGUGUCAAGGCUGUCAUUUACCACUUGACUGUAUUCUGCACCAUCUUCACCUGUCUGACCCUUAGCGCCUUGUCCACAGUCGACGAGUAUGAAGACAGUGCCACGCAAGUCCUCUUCUAUAUCGAGUCCUUCGUUGUUGUUUGGUUCACCAUCGAGUUCUCCUGCAGACUGUGGUCGUCAGGAUGCCGUUCCAGAUACCAGGGCAUUUGGGGCAGAAUGAAAUAUGCCAAGAGACCAUUCUGCUGUAUAGACAUGGUGACCAUCGUAGCGUCGGUGGUCGUGCUGGCCAACGGCACGGGCGGCCAGGUCGUGUCAGCGGUUCGCGGGCUGCGGUUCUUCCAGAUCCUUCGCAUGGUGAGGAUGGACCGGCGGGGAGGCACGUGGAAGCUCCUCGGCUCAGUUGUUUACGCGCACAGACAGGAACUGCUGACCACAGUCUACAUAGGCUUUCUGGGUCUCAUCUUCUCGUCGUUUCUCGUGUACCUGGUGGAGAAGGACAUAAACGACAACUUCAAGACCUUCCCCGACGCCCUCUGGUGGGGGGUGAUCACGCUAUGCACGGUGGGCUACGGAGACGCCGUGCCCAUGACCUACGGCGGGAAGAUGAUCGCCUCCGGAUGCGCUCUCUUGGGGAUCUCCUUCUUCGCGCUGCCGGCGGGUAUCCUCGGCUCGGGGUUCGCCCUCAAGGUGCAGCAGCAGCAGCGGCAGAAGCACAUGAUCCGCCGACGCCAGCCCGCCGCUACGCUCAUCCAGUGUCUAUGGCGAUGCUAUGCGGCCGACGAGCACUCCAUGUCCGUUGCCACCUGGAAGAUCCACCAGGUGCCUCUGCCGUCGCCGCCCUCCUUCAAGCACAAUGCCUCCUUCGUGCGCCUGCCCACCAUUCGUCGCCACAGAAAUGCUCACUCUCCUUCCAUUAAAAAUAGACAUAUUGAUUCUAACCACGCGUUAGAGAACCUUGUUAAUUCCAAUAGAUUAAAUGCAAGUCAUAGUGAAGAUUCCGUUUCAAAGGAAUCUUCGGAAGCAUUGUUAACUAAGAAAAAUUCAGAUGAUGAGGACGACGAACAACCGCGGGUCCUGCAGUUAACGAAUCAACACAAGGGAGCCAUCAGGGCUAUCAGAAAGAUCAAAUAUUUCGUGGCUCGCCGGAAGUUUAAGGAAGCUCUCAAGCCCUACGAUGUAAAGGAUGUGAUCGAGCAGUAUUCGGCAGGCCACGUGGACCUUCUCUCCCGCGUGAAGACUCUGCAGGGGAGAUUAGACCAGAUUCUUGGGAAGCAAGGGUCGAAAGCCAAGGAUGUUUACGAGUCAAAAAUCUGCCUUGCAUCUAGGAUUGUCAAGGUAGAAAGACAGGUCGACGACAUUGAAUCCAAACUAGAUCAGCUGAUCGACCUGUACAUGGAGGACCGCAAACGUCUAUUAGCGUUGCCUUCAGCUGUCUCUUCUGUGCCUCUUGCUCCUCCCUCUUCUGCGCCGCCGCCAGGUUCCCCAGACAGCAACAGCAGUGGCCCGACCACCUCCUACGCGCCGGCCUCGGGAACGCCACUGACAGCGCCCUCGUCUUCCCUUGCUGUUCCAGGUGCUCCUCCGCCCUACACAUCGGUUCUCAAGCCCAAGCCGAUCCUGGUGGAUAAGCAGGCAUCAGAACCCAAUACCCCCACAAGCAAGCACUUUGAGAGACCCAUGACCAGGGGUUAUUCUGAUGUCUCUCAGAGAAUGAAAAAACGGGUUACUUUAAGCUCGCUGCCGUCCCGACACUCCUUGGAAGUGAAAGAACCCGACUUGCUUCAGGUGCCACAGGUCGUUCAGAUAGAGCAUUUGGCCGCCCCAUACAUCGACGAUGACUGUGAUUCUACCUAUCAAGAUGAUGAGUGCUGUACAAUGGUAACUGAGUGUGAUUCACUAAUGAUCUCAGAAGAGGAUCAUACAAUUCAAGAGGAACCGGCCACUAUCAGUGAAGAGAAUGAAGUGUCAAACUUUGUCAUACCAACCAUUUCUGCAUCUGUGGCUCAGGAGGCCACAUCCUUGCAAGUUCCUCCCCCAAGCAUACUAAGUCACACAUCAGAUGUGAAUCACCACAACAGCAGUCAGCACCACCACUCCAAAUACCAUUACCCAAGACACUCUCUCUUUGGCCAUCACCAUUCUUACCCGCCGCCAUCAUCAUAUUCAUCAGCGCCGUCUUCAUCAUCAUACACACUCCUGCCCGUCCUUGAGCCUCCUGUAUUGGUGACAGAGAGCAUUGAGCUUCACGCCACUGAAGGCUCUGCAUGCUUGCCGCCAGAGAUCAUCACCACCAUAGCGAUGGAGGAGUCGUCAUCUUCAUGAUGGUGCAAGAAAGGAAAACAAUGCUUCUUGCUCAGGGCACUUGAAAAUCCAUUAUUUUUUACCAUCUUUUCUCACUACUACAUUUGUGUAGUUAUACCUAAUAUAUCCCUCUUUUUUCAGAAAUAUGAAUCAUUCUAAUGUUUUUUUUUUAGUAGCUUUUGGUAUACGAAUUCUAGGUCAGCGUGAAAAAUAUUGGGAAUGAGAUCUCUCUCUGACUUCAUGUUUUCCUACUUGCUUGCAACAAAGUAGACUUGAUUAUGAACAAUAAGCAGCAAUGAAUCAAGAGGGUCCUCAGGCACUGAGACCUUCUUUUGCAAAGUAAUCUUUCACUUGUCAUACAUGAGGUAUCUGAGCUUUCUAUGUGAUAAUUGCUUAAUUUGUAAGAUUAAGAUUUGAUUCUAAAUAAGCCAUGACCCUCAGUUCUCUUCAUUUUCUUUACUGACCUUGUGAAUUUUGCUGGAGACAUCUGUAUCACUCUAAACAUAUUUGGACAGCACUCAAACUCUUUAGUCUUCACCCAGAGGUCAAUAUAAGUCUGGAUCAGCUACAGAUAGGAGCUUAAUUUCUCUUCUAUUUUCACUUGGUAAUAUACAUAAUAGAUUUCCCAUAGUGGCUUAUCAAUGACUAGCAUAUAAUUUAAAGUCACUGAAUAGUUUAAAGAAUGAAACAGGAGAGUAGUAUUGGUCAUAAAUUAACAGGUUUUUCCUCUUCUGGAGUGGGGAUAAGCUUGUGUGUUCAUUAAUGUCAAAAUGACAUAUAUACAUAUGAACUCUACAUAAAUGAGAUUCUGUACUCACUAGUACUUUGACAAGAUGUAAUGAAGGUGAUGGGUUUAAUCAUGAAUAUUCUAUGAAAAAACAUUUUCAUAUUUAUAUUCAGGUGUUUACAGUUAAGUCUGAUAUAGAUCAGAAAAAAAUACAUCUUGUCACUUUUGGUGCUGGCUUAAGUCCAAUUAAAUAUUCAUAUUAGUUUUAAUAUUAAUGCAUCUAAUCAGUAGAUGAUCUUUGACAGGGGAUACUAAACCUUCAUAAUUUUAUCUUAUGAGUUUGGUUUCCUUUGUCAUUUCAUCAUUUAGAUCUCUUCAUCACACACAAAAAAAAACUAGUCUUGGAAACAGUAUUAGUAAUUUCUGGUAUUUGUUACGGUGAAAGAACAUUGCAUCUCAAUCAGUCCGUGUAGUCGUGGAGAUAAUGAAGUAUAUUCAUACAUUGCUAGUCAAUUCUUUCUUUGUCUUUUUUAUCUUUAGGCCAUUGCAUUUUAUAGAAAACAUAAUGUAUCAAAUACCAUAAUAACACUAAAGGGUUCCUGUUGCCAAGAUUGUUCAUUUCCAGUAAGCAAACCCUUGAAGGUAAUAAUGUUCAUUUUUGAGUAUGGUACUAUUCCUUGUCUACCUUUCAUGUGAAACUUUGCUGCCAGUACAAUUCAAAUCAUGGAUUUUCUAGCACCGAUCCUCACCAAACAUCUAACAGAAUAGACGUUUGUGGAAGUUUUAUCACUUCUUUAAAGAUUAUUUUCAUACUUUGGCCUUCAUGAAACCCCUAUGAAAAAUAAAUAUUAUUAAUCUAAUUCAUAUCGAAGACAUGGAAAAGGAAAUCCAGAUCUUUGUUAUUUUGGCAUAGUAGCAAAUUCUAAUUAUGGUACUUUUGAUACACUCAUUUAGAAGACAAACAAGCAGUUACAUAAUGACAGCUGUCUGAUAACAUUAAUAAAUGGAUCAAUAACAGAGGUAGACAUUUUGGAAGAGUGAGAUAGAUAUGCAGUUGAGAGAAUAAUUAGUAGGCAAACAUCACCAAGCUGUAAAACUUGUAUGGGAUUGAAAUCUAACUUAUUUAUAUUCAUUUACAUGGUAAUAUUUACUUUCUUUAUGUUCCAUCAGCAUUUUUUACUGAUUUGAAUGUGCAUGUGUGUGUGUGUGUUUGGGUGUGCAUGCAAAUGAGUAUAUGGGUGUGUAUGUAUGUCUGUGUUUGGGUGGGCAUGUACGUGUGCGUGUGUA